AUAACGUGCCCGGGCCCGUGUACCGUCCUUCCGCCUCCUCCGCACUCUCCGGCCAUAAAUUUGCCAUCUCUGUCGCCGCCCUGAAUCCAGGGCACUGUACCACAGCAUAUCCGGGUUUGCGAGACGCCGUCUUGCCAGCAUAACACGCAUCAGAGGCCCGUAGACAUUGCAACCCGAGACGCGGCAAACCCGUCGCCUAUCGUCUCAGCUGUGCCGAUCCCGAGCCUGUCGGGUUCAGCUGCAGUUCGCGUGAUUGUCAUGGACACAUCAAUCCCCUUCGAGCCAUGACCAUGUACGCGGGGCGCGUCCGGGGUUUUACGUGUCGCGUACUUAUGGCGUCUGGAUGAGGGAACCGGUGUUUGCAAAUUCGCACCAAUGUCGGUAGCGCUAUUCCACGCGUCUGCUCCCUAGGGCAGAAAAAUGUUCAUAUCCGGAAUAACUCGAGUGUAUACCCCCUUCUGCGGGUGCCGUACCUACAGCCAGCCGCACCAACGCCCGCAAAACAUUCAUGACGGUUCCUUGUACACAAGGCGUGUCCGAAGGGUGGUCAUUUGGCAACCUCGUGGCUUUAAUUACCCCCGAAGCGCGCCUGCUGACGCUGGAAACCACAUUUGCAUAUCUUCGCUCGCACCUGGGUGCGCAGCGCCGAUCUCACCGGUUCUUGUACCAAGCAGCCGAAGAGGUGCUAGCUAAGUCAAGAAUGCUAUCGCUAUUCCCUUGACCGUGGACCCUCUGCGAUGGGCGCUGCGAUCGCGAUACGCCUGUGGUCCCUGCCUCAGAUGCCGGAUAUGAAGCGGCAAGAAUCGGGGUAAACGCGGCGUCCUGGGUUCGCAUAACAUCGCGGGGACUGUCCCUACGUGAGGCAGAUAGACUUGUUCACAUCGUUUUCCGUUCGGGACGGAGAUAACAUCUCGGUUUGCGCCUGUUUCGAGCGCCUGACAGCCUAGUUUGGGGUCCGAAAUCUGAUGUCGAGGGCUAGGUCCUCUCGCGAUUCCACAUAUGUUGUCCAAGUCCGACCAUCGCAGGAUUCAUUGGUUCAGGCCGUCAUACCCACAUGCCCUGACACGAGGCCUGCCCUGCAUUGGUGAAGCGGCUAGGACCUGCGGACGAUCCCCAUCAGAUAUACGUCUCGUUCAGCAUUUGGCAGUUUGCUACCCGUUCCUCCUACCUCCCGCGCCAACAACUUGUCUUGGAGGAUCUCAUCGGUCUCCCUUAGAGGUUCUGUGUUUCCUCAAGCUUCAGCCGCUUUUUUUCUCUUUGACGAUGUCAUACAAGGUCGGAUGGUUCUUUUAUGUUCAUCUACCUAAUCAUCUGCACAGCACGACGGUGAUCCUCGAGACAUACUGGGAUCCCGCCAUCGUGGAUCCCGCCGAGAGUUUGUACAGUCAUGCUCCAGAUUUGCUAUCAAUUCACCAUCGGCGUGUUCACCAAUUACAAGAAGGCGUGUCUGGCUACGAGAAUCCCCCAUCGUCCAAGAAGACUCCUCCGAGUCCGCGGGCGCCAAAGCCACUCAGGAUCAUACUCGAAACAUGCUUCUCCCGUGUUUCUUCCAGAUCUGCGAAAGCGAGGCACGUUGUGCAGAUCUGUGGUACCGGUAUGUAGUGUCGCUGCGCGCCCGGCGAGGCGACGGUUGCGGUAUGAUCGCUCUCAUGCGCGAAGAGGCAUGUCCGAGAUUCCCACCGGUUCCGCGGAUUGAAAGUCGAGACGCAUAUCGUAUCCGAUUGGCUCACUGCCACCCAAUUGUCCCUUGCGAGAUUGAUGGCAGGUACACGGCUGUGAGGUCCCUACCUAGGUUGACGCGUAUGCAACUCUGCUUCGCGAGGGCUAGAAUGGGUGAUGGAGGCGUGAUAUGUCAAAAGAUACCGGGUUAGGUGUGGGAUCCGGGGUCCGCGAGACGCGAAUACACCACGUCGACAUCCGCGCCUAGCUCCUGUUCUCUCCUCGAUACCCGUCGACUGCCCUCUCGUUGUAGAAGCAAGCACGGAUCGUGUCCUGCAACGGUCACCCGCCAGAAAGCAUAAAAGCAAUUCUUAAAGAUCACAGAAGCCUCAGUCUGUUUACCGCAGCUUAGUCAGCGCCUAGACCGGCCCCUUCUGACAGGGCCAACUCAAGAGCUUGUUCGCCGUCGCCCGCUCAUUUGUGCGCGGUCUGCCCCCACUCGUCGACGUCCUCACCUCCACCGCGCUAGUUGGUCGUUCCCCAUGCCAUCAACAGUGCAGCUUUCCACCUCCAUGUCGUUUCGCGCUGACCCUGAUGGGCUCACCCCUACGGACUCGACUGCCCACCACGACAUCCACACCCUGGCGUCGCCCAACAGCGCCUCAACACCGUGGAAGUCGCUGUUGAGGCUCGGUAACCCGUCGUCGAAGAAGCUCGCCCCGAACGGGAACGUGUCCUCGUUGACGCUCGACACCGCCAACGCCCCCCACUCUCCCACCGCGUUCGCACAGAUGACCAACGUCUCAGCCACUCCCACCUCUUAUGUAUCCAUGGACAGAAGAUCGUCGUACAAUUCAUCUAAUACCCAAUCCAGCGAUUCGAACAACGGCUCGUCGCCGCGCAUGCCCCACCGGACUCCGGCCGCCGCCUUCUACUCCGCCUCGCACCACGUUCUCCCCCCGAUCCAAGAGCCACAAUCAUCUUCCCGCCCUCGGACUAAGUCCGACAAGCAGAAGGGCCUUGGCCGUGGCCGCAAGCAGCCGACGGUGCCCGCGUACCCUCACACCGCAGGCUCCUCGCAAGCGUCGUUUGUCCUCCCCACUGCGUCGCCGUCGCGACCGGGCCCUCUGUCACCCAAGUCGGUCGGCGCGUCCGCAAGCCGCUUUCUGCGCCGCGUGGCCUCUGCGCCCAACGCCAAAAACUUGUUCUCACUCGGAUCGCGAUCACACUCGUCUCACGGGAACGCAGCCACCAAAAACGGGUUCCUGGCACCGGGAUCUGCAGUGCCGCCUGUACCGGGCAGCACGAAUGAUCUCAAUGGGCGUUCUGAACAGGAGGCGAGUUCGCUGGAGACUAUCUCAUCUACAUCAUCGCGGGGUCGCCCGCCGGCGUUGCGGAUGAACAGUUCUUCCAAUAAGAUCGGCAAGACUAAGGAUCGGGUGGCGACUGGGAUGCUGGAGGGGCCAGGGAAGAUCGCUUUCCGGAGGACGUACUCAAGCAACUCCAUCAAAGUUCGCUCGGUCGAAGUUGGGCCCUCGAGCUUCCAGAAGCUCAAAAUGCUGGGUCGUGGCGACGUAGGCAAAGUCUAUCUGGUUAGGGAGAAGAAAAGUGGCAAGUUGUUUGCGAUGAAAGUGUUAUCGAAGAAGGAGAUGGUUGCCCGCAAGAAGAUCAAGCGCGCGCUGACGGAGCAAGAGAUUCUUGCCACCGCAAACCAUCCCUUCAUCGUUACGCUCUACCACUCUUUUCAGUCGGACGAGUACCUCUAUUUUUGCAUGGAGUACUGCAUGGGCGGCGAGUUCUUCCGGGCGCUGCAGUCGCGGCCAGGAAAGUGCUUGCCGGAGGAUGCGGCGCGGUUCUAUGCGGCCGAGGUGGUCGCCGCGUUAGAAUACCUUCAUCUCAUGGGCUUCAUUUAUCGGGAUCUCAAACCGGAAAACAUUCUCUUGCAUCAGUCUGGACACAUCAUGCUUUCCGAUUUUGACCUGGCCAAACAAUCAGGCGAACCUGGAGGCCUACCGACCAUCCGCCAAUCGGAGACCAACGGGAUGCCAUUGGUCGACACCAAGACGUGCACUGCCCAUUUCCGGACCAAUUCGUUUGUGGGAACGGAAGAGUACAUCGCGCCCGAGGUUAUUGGGAACCUGGGACAUACAUCGGCCGUGGAUUGGUGGACGCUCGGCAUCUUGAUCUAUGAGAUGAUCUACGCCACGACGCCGUUCAAGGGUCGCACGCGGGAAGACACCUUCCAGAACGUUAUCAAGCUGCCUGUUCAUUUCCGUGAUACGCCCAAAGUGACCUCGGCGGGGAAGGACAUCAUCAACCGGCUCCUGGACAAGAGGGAGAACUACCGGUUGGGCAGCAAGAGCGGAGCGAGCGAGGUGAAGCAACACAAGUGGUUUGCCAAAACGAACUGGGGUCUCCUGCGGAAUUCGCAACCUCCCAUCGUGCCGACGGCAUCGAACGGGAUUGACGCGGUCAACUUCCGACAUCUGCAGGAAUCGACGUCCCUGCACCUCGAAAAGGGCGAGAUAAUGGCCAUUGCCGGCGCCGGGCAUCCAGUGAACGGCGCGCCGUCGACGCCCGGCGUGGACGACGGCCUGGACCCCAUGGACGCCGCCUUGUUCGCGUCCUUCUCGAACGUGACCUUGCAUUACGACGACGAAACGGACGAGUGAUAGUGUAGUGAAACGAAACGUCCUUCCUGGCUUUUUUUUCCCUCUUCCUCUCGUUAUCCCGGACUGGCGGCAGGUUCAUGGACAGGUCUGUGUUUCGCGUACAAUAUUGGUUUGCGCUCUCCCCGGGUUUCAUCUCGUUCACGCUCAUUCUCUCACCUCGUCUCUCAUUCAUCACUGCUGCAUCACCGCCAUGGCAUUCAUCACAAAGUUGCUAUCCUACAAUUUGGCGUUACUACUACUUGACAAUUCUGGCCACUUGCUCUCGGUUUCUAUGCAUCAUCUUUAGAGUUGGGGACCGUGUACAUUAUGCAGUUAUUUUCGAGAGCCGAACACGGAGCCUGUCCC